GAGAGCUGCCAAGCCGGCAUGGCGAUGGCGGGGAGUGCGGGGGCGCUGGGCGCCCGGGAAGCGGCCGAAGCGGCCCACGCGCUCUCGCUGCCGGCCGAGGCCUUCGGGAACGACCCGCGGCUGGAGGCGGCCUGGGCCGAGCGAGCCUUCCAACACGCCCACGUCUACUUCCACCUGCUCUCGGCCGCUGACCCCGCGGGCCUCAGGCUCACCCGGGCCGACGACCGGAUCUACGCGGCCUUCCGGCGGAGCUUCCCCGACCUGCGCGUCGACCUGCUGGACGUGGAGGCGCUCAAAUCGGAGCCGGCCAAAGAGAAGUGGCGCCCCUUCUGCCUGCAGUUCGAGGGGGCGGUGGAGGACUUUAACCUGGGGACCCUCCUGCGUCUCGACUGCCGCCGCGGCUACUCGGAGGAGAACUCCGUGCUGGCGCCGCGCAUCCAGUUCCUGGCCAUCGAGAUCGCGCGCAACCGCGAGGGCUGCAACGGCGCCGUCUACCGCCGAGCGGGCGCUCCAGAAGCCGAGCCUGACCUGGCCGGACCCAGCUGAGAGCCUCGCCCUACCGGACGGGAAGCGAGCGAAGUGGGGUGGGGCAUCCGGAGUCCCCCCCCCCCGUGGGUGGCCUAGAACUGGGGGGGGGGAGGCUGGGUGCCAUGGGUUGGGGGAGAGGAGGGGCCUGCUUUGGGGAGCUGCCCCUGCGCAGCGUCUCUCCCCCGAGGGGCGCUGGGAGGGCUGAGAAGCCUGUGACCCCCUUCCUCCAGUUUGCCUUUGUCUUUGUAUGGCUGCCUGUGGCAGGGGGGGGCUCCCUCUUGGCUAGUGAAGAAGAUGAAGCCUUCCAGAUGAA